AUGUCACGACCGAGUCUCUUCACUUUCCUCGUCUUUUAUGGCCUCUUCCUCCAACGCCCUCUCUACGGAGAGGUCAAACUGGACAUCCUUCUCACCGAAGGAAUCUGCGGACCCACUUUGGAACUCUUCGACUAUCCCUUCAUUCUCGUCUUCCCUGUCGAAGCCCUUGAAAGUUUGGAGGGCUGGCACCAACCUGGUGCCCCACCAGCUGUGCAACUAUCAGCCGACUUCUUCAGCAUUCCAGGCUGCACUCUGAGACAAGACGGAUGA